CCGCCGCAGGGAAUUCCCCCUCAUAAGGCCAUGUCCCAUCUCAAACAACCAUCACUGACAGACACUAAAAUCACAGCACGGUGACCGGAAUUUCCUCGUCACCCAAAACCGUCCAGAUUCAUCCCCCUUCUUCUUCUCGUCAAACCCACGCUUCUCCUCAUAUAAAUCUCCAUCUUCUUUUUCCCCAACCCCAAUUCAUAACCAUAUUAUACUUUGUCCAUAUCCGUAUUUGCUCAAAAAAUUAUCAAUUUUCUCGUGGCUGUGUUGCAUUUUCGUGGAAGUUUCGCCACUCUUCGCCGCCGUCACUAUCACCGUCGUCGCCGCCCAUUGUCGAAUCUGUUGAUUCUAAUUUCAUUUCUACCACUUCAUUAUUUUUAAUUUUUUUCGGUUGUUGAUUAUGGAUUUGACUCACUCUCCGGCGAGCAACGGUCUCUCGCUAGGGUUUCUAUCACACGUCAACGCGGCGGCGCCGCCGCUGUCUCUGAAAAACAACCGGUGCUUGAAGACCUCGAACGAAACCAUGUCCUUUCAGAUCGAGUCGCCGAUUCGGGACCCCUCGCACCCGCCGCCCUCAAUUCCACUCCAAUUGAUGGACAAUCAGAAGGAGAAUCGCAAUCGUGCGCCGGACGACGAGGAGAAAGUGGAGGAGUUUCGCAUAUUGGGCCACUCCAUGACUCUGACGAAGCGGAAACGAGACUCCGAUUCGGAAUCAUCAUCGACGACGUCGUCUUCAAAGGGAGCUAGGGUUUCGAGCAACGAGAUGGAAUCGCGCAGGAACACCGUCAAAGCGUGGGGGAAUCAGAGUCUGCAGAACGCCGACCCUGAUAUCUUCGAGAUAAUGGAGAAGGAGAAGAAGAGGCAGUUCAAAGGAAUUGAAUUGAUCGCAUCGGAGAAUUUCGUCUGCAAAGCUGUACUGGAGGCUUUGGGAAGCCACCUAACGAAUAAAUACUCCGAAGGAAAACCGGGUGCACGCUACUACGGUGGGAAUCAUUACAUAGAUGAGAUCGAAACACUCUGUUGUCAGCGUGCUUUGGCCGCUUUCGGGCUCGAUUCAGAAAGUUGGGGUGUCAAUGUGCAGCCGUACUCGUGUACGUCUGCUAAUUUUGCAGUGUACACUGGUCUUUUGUUACCUGGUGAUCGGAUAAUGGGAUUGGACACUCCUUCUGGAGGGAAUACCAGCCAUGGAUGCUAUUUGCCGAAUGGGAGGAAAGUAUCUGGAGCGUCGAUUUUUUUCGAGAGUUUGCCUUAUAAGGUGAACCCACAGACAGGGUAUGUAGAUUAUGAUAAGCUUGAGGAGAGGGCACUGGAUUUUCGCCCCAAGAUACUGAUUUGUGGUGGGAGUUCGUACCCUCGGGACUGGGAUUACGCAAGGUUUAGGCAGAUAGCUGAUAAGUGCGGUGCGUUUUUGUUGUGUGAUAUGGCUCAGAUUAGCGGUCUUAUAGCUGCUAAGGAAUGCGCAAGCCCUUUUGAAUACUGCGAUAUUGUUACCUCCACGACCCAUAAAAGUCUUCGAGGUCCAAGGGGAGGAAUAAUCUUCUUUAGGAAGGGCCCAAAGCCGAGAAAGCGAGGCAUGCUUUUGAAUCAAGGUGAUGGCAGCGAUAAAUACGAUUUCGAGGAAAAGAUAAACUUUGCAGUCUUCCCAGCUCUUCAAGGUGGACCGCACAACAAUCAUAUUGCCGCCCUUGCUAUAGCAUUGAAACAAGUGGCUACCCCGGAGUACAAGAUGUACAUGCAACAAGUGAAGAAAAACGCUCAGGCUUUGGCAUCGGCUCUAUUGAGAAGGAACUGUAGACUUAUUACUGGAGGCACUGAUAACCAUAUGCUGCUUUGGGAUCUAAGAAAUUUUGGAUUGACAGGUAAAAAUCUUGAGAAGGUCUGUGAGUUAUGCUCAAUCACUGUCAAUAAAGUUACAAUCUUUGAUGACAAUGGUAACAUCACCCCAGGAGGCGUACGGAUUGGUACACCCGCAAUGACAUCGAGAGGGUGUCUCGAGUCUGAUUUCGAGGUUAUGGCUGAAUAUGUCCUUCGAGCUGCACAAAUUGCAACUUCGGUGCAAAGAGAACACGGGAAACUGCCGAAAUCUUUUCUAAAAGGGCUCGAGAAUAACAAAGACAUUAUUGAGCUGCGAACACGAGUAGAAAGCUUUGCACAUCAGUUUGCAAUGCCAGGAUUGGAUGGAUAACUUUUGUCUCUGUACAUGGGGUAACAACAUCAUAUAUUAUUACAGACACUCUCGAUUCUUGUCUGAUCACCUGAUGCAGAUUUAUAUGAUUAUUUGUCGAUAUUUUUUUUUCUUUGUUCUUUUUGCGCUUACGAAACAUUGACCGAAACCUCUGAGCUUCAAUUCAAUCUCACACAACUUGGUGUUCCUGUCUUGGUGCAAAAAGGAAUUGCUACUAUUUUUUGGUGUUUAUAUGUGGAAACUUUGAUAUCCCCACGAAUGAUCUUGCCUUCUGUCCUCCGGCUAUUGUUCGUCGACUGAGGGUGACUUGUGUCGAUCACUUUGUUUAGGUCUCACUUAGUUUACUCCUUGUGCUAUAUGAUAAGCAUACUUUCUUUUUUUCUUUUAUUAUUUUUUAUUUUAUUUUAAUUUUUACAUAGUCAUUGUAUUUGUUGCUGAAUUCUGGGGGUUUUACUUCUGAUGUCAAAAGUUAUAUAGAGGAACACAGCUUUUUUACCA